GGGGCGUAGUCACUUCUCCUACAAGCCUACAAUAACUGGAGUACUGCCACAUAUCCUACACAUAGAUGGUCAUAUUUCCUACACAAAAACAAGUAUCCGUCAUAUAUCCUACACAUAAAAUGACUACCCUCCAGGUCAAAUAUCCUUUAAAUACACCAGUUUUAGAGUAAUGCCAUAUUUCCUACAGAGAUACAGCAUACCUCCUACACUCAAAAACCUGUUCUGUCACAUAUCCUACAAGGAUACAGCAUAUCUGCUACACACAAUAAUAUGUUGUCACAUCUCCUACAUUGCUCCUACAGGCGCACCCCCUAGCUUGGCGCCUCUGCACUCGGAGCUUCUGGCUCAGUACACUCCUGCCGACCUUGACUAGUCAACAAGUAGAUAAGUUGUUAUACAUCCGUUCGGCGUAGUAUCGUUCACAUUCAGACAUCAUGGGUCGAGUUUAGUCUCGACCCAGCAGUAUUUUUUUCUCCAUUCGACGGGACAGACGGCAUUAUUGUACUCGAUUGCGCCUGGACCAAGCAUGGCUAGUAUUGAGGGGAACAUCCGCUUCAAUGCAGUGGUUUACAAAGACAACUCUGGAUUCCGGUACCUCCGAAAUGUGGCAAGAAACAACAAACUAUACCUGCGUUGCAUUCAUCACCCCAACUGUGGAGGAAGAGCCGUAUUGUCGGAGACAACUGGUGUCAUCAGAGCAACGCAAGGUCACAACCAUGAAUCAUCCGACUAUGCUGCAACAGAUCUGAGGAACACUCUCAAGAUGAAGGCUGCUGAGGAUGUGGGCUCUACCAGCAACUCCGAGAUCUUCAGGCGGGUAACAAGACAUCACCAACAUGGAGCAGAUGUGUCUUUCUCAUCUGUAGAGCGAAGCAUGCUUCGAGCCAAGCGCCGAAUUCAACCGAGGCAACCACACACUGCAGAGGAGUGCGCCAACAUUCUAGAAAGCUUAGAGGCCCAGGCCUUUAACGUAAACUUCAGAUCUGUCGUCACAGAUCAGGGAAGUGGUCAUUUGGCAAUUAUUUUUUAUUCUCUAACCCUGGUACCACUGAUGACCACAAUUAAGGAAUGGAAUUUUGAUGGUACUUUUUACACUGUGCCUGCACUCUUCUACCAGCUCUUCACAUUACUUGGAUUUUACAAAGGUCAUUCAUUCCCACUCAUCUUCACCUUGAUGACAUCAAAGUCUAACCCAAUUAACCCAAUACAUUAA